AUGGGUGAAAACCAAGUUUUCGAACUUUCCAUCCGGUGUCAUCAAGGCAGCUCUGAAUGCAUGGAUGAUAAUGGCCACCUUAAGCAAACAGGGACUGUCUGGACUGCAAGUGCUCACAUCAUAACGGCUCUGAUAGGUUCGGGAAUUCUAUCGCUGGCUUGGGCCACAACUCAGCUGGGAUGGAUUGCAGGGCUCACAGUCAUCUUCUUGUUCUCUUUUGUCACUUACUACAUCUCUACCCUUCUAGCUGUUUGUUACCGUUCAGGCGACCCUGUCCCCUGCAAGAGAAACUACACUUACAUGGAUGCUAUUAGAUCCAGCCUUGGUGGGACUAAAUUUAAGGUCUGUGGGCUUGUUUACUACGUGAACCUUUUUUGUGGACUCAUUGGUUACACUAUAACAUCAUCUAUGAGUAUGAAAGCAAUCCGAAGGUCAAAGUGCCUUCACAUAAGUGAUCACAAUAAUAUGCACCGUGAGAAUACCAAUCCAGAGAUGAUUGUUUUUGGCAUCAUUCAGAUUAUUAUUUCCUCUCAAUUUAACGACUUCAAUGAGUUAUGGUGGCUCUCCAUUUUAACCGCUGCCAUGUCCUUUACCUACUCCGGAAUUAUUCUUUGUCUCAGCAUUGCUAAAGUUGCAGAAACUAGAAAGUUCAGGGGAAAUUUAACUGGUAUAAGAAUUGGGACAGUGACUGAAACCCAGAAGAUAUGGAGGAGCUUACAAGCAGUUGGUAUCAUAGCUUUGGCCUAUUCUUACUCCAACGUCCAUUUUCAGAUUCAGGACACAAUCAAAACUUCAUCUGAAGCUGAGACAAUAAUGAACAAGGCAUCACUGAUCAGUAUUGGAAUAACAACCCUAUUCUACAUGCUCUUUGGCUUCUUUGGUUAUGCUGCCUGCGGAGACUUAUCACCGGAAGACCCCCUCACUGGUUCUGGUUUUUGUAACCCAUAUUGGCUAAUUGACAUAGCCAAUGCAGCCAUUGUUAUCCAUCUUAUCGGUGCAUAUCAAGUUUACUGUCAGCCCCUCUUUGCAUUCGUUGAAAAACAAGCUGCUGAAAAAUUCCCAGAUAGCGAAUUUAUCAACAAAGAGAUUAAAGUCCCAAUUCCAGGGUUUAAACCCUACAAGCUCAACUUCUUCCGUUUAGUUUGGAGAACUAUAUUUGUGAUCUGAAUCACUGUGAUUUCAAUGCUUCUUCCGUUCCGUAACGAUGUAGUUGAUCUCCUUGGAGCCCUAGGAUUUUGGCCUUUGACAGCCUACUUUCCUGUGGAGAUGUAUAUCGCCCAAAAUAAGAUACCAAAGUGGAGCAGAAAAUGGGUUUGCCUUCAAAUCCUAAGCUUUGCUUGCUUCAUUGUCACCAUAGCUGCUGCUGCUGGCUCUAUCGCUGGAAUUGUUCUUGACCUCAAGUCUUCAAAGCCUUUUUAA